AUGUCUCCACUAGCCAUCAAUCGAAUCCACUCCAUGGCUGUGCCUCAGUCCCCGAGUGGCGUGAACUUCCAAUUGGUCUACCUUGUUGCGGCCAUCUCGCAACCUAUCCCCAACAUUAAUAAUGAGGCCUAUGACGCACUGGCUAUUCGCCCAUGCAGUGAGGAACCGCUUAGAUCGUCAACGUGA